AGAAUAACCGGAACGAUAAGAGUGAACACUUUCAUUUCUGGGAUUACCCUGUAGAAUUCAUUCAUAACGCACUACUUAAAAGAACAUUAAAGAUUGGAAAGUUAACGUACAUUAAUUUUUAUAAACAAUAUAAUACUAAGUAUGUAAACAACUUCAGUUUCGUUUAUAAAGAUUCCGAAAAAAGCAACAUUUUAGUAAAAAAUAUAUUUUCCUCAGUGUUGCGUACAUUUCGUACACUUGAUUGUAUUAUCCGUACUAUGUCUUCGAUACAAAUUGAUGGAAGCCUAGGCGAAGGUGGUGGUCAGGUAUUAAGAAUUGCACUUUGCCUGAGUGCAUUAUAUAAAAUUCCAAUUAAAAUUAAUAAUAUACGAGCAGGUCGUCCUAAGCCUGGCCUUGCUGCACAACAUUUAAAAGGAGUAGAACUGUUAAAAGAUAUGUGUAAUGCAGAAGUUUAUGGAGCUCAUAUAGGAUCAACAACUUUAGAGUUUAAACCUGGUCAGUUAAACACGGAUAAAAAACACACAUUCUUUGUGGAUACAGGAACUGCUGGCUGUAUUUGUUUGUUAGCUCAAGUAGCUUUACCUUGUGCCCUUUUUCUUCCAAAAAAGGAUACAGUUACAUUGAUUCUUAAAGGUGGCACAAACGUUCCUAUGGGACCACAUAUAGAAUAUUUUACAGAAAUAUUCAGACCAUUACUUAAUAAAUUUGGAGCUGAUUUUGAUUUUAGAGUUAUAACAAGGGGUUAUUAUCCAAAGGGAGGUGGAGAGGUACAUUUGUACAUUAAACCUGUACAUACUUUGAAAGCUAUUACUUUAACUGAUCCAGGAAUUCCACAUGAAAUAGUAGGAUGGGCAUAUGUUGCAGGUGUUGUUCACAUUAGAGAAGCACAUAGAAUGGCAAAUGAUGUAAAAUCAGUUUUAACAAAAGGUUUAAAUAAAUCUAAUAUUCCAUUGCCACCUAUAAAUAUCGAAGUUUAUAAAGAGGAUAGAUCUGUAACUAUUGGUAAUGGGUCUGGCAUCAAUGUAAUGUGCGCUACGACUAGUGGAUGUGUUUUUGGUGGAUCAGGAUUGGGUUCUGGACGUCAAGAGCAAGUAGCACCAGGUAUACAGGCAGCUAAUGAAAUAUUGGACACAAUUUUAGCAGAAUCCUGCGUUGACGAACACGCACAAGAUCAAUUAGUCAUCUUGAUGGCUUUAGCUAAAGGUACUUCUAAAAUUAAUCUCGGAAGUAAAAAACUUACUUGUCAUACUGAAACAGCUAUAAAAGUGGCAGAAUUGGUCUUACAACAGUUUAAUCUUCAAUUUAAGUUAUGCGAAAAUAGAAAUGAUGGAAGUAAUAAUUCCUAUACCUUAGAAUGUGAAGGUUGUGGGUACGAAAAUAAAGAUAUAAAAUAAGUAACAGUUGUAUAUUCAGAAUAAGUAAAUGCAAAAUGCAUAGUACAUGUAUUA